AUGAAGCUGGCAGAAGUUUUGGUAAAGAACUGCGGGGCAGAGCUUCAUCAACAAGUUGGCAGCAAGCACUUCAUGGCAGAUCUGCAAUCGAUGGCAACAGGGGAGGAGGUGGAUGCAGCGGUGCAGCGAAAGUGUCUCGAGCUCAUCCAAGCGUGGGGGGAAGCUUUCAAGAGUCUGCAGCAGACUCUUCCGCUGUUCACAGCUACCUUCAACUUCCUGAAGGCGCAGGGAGUUGAGUUUCCUCAGUUUGACGCCUCUCUCGCUCCUCAGCUGUCGGGCAAGAUCAACCUCAACGAGGGUGCUGGGAGUACAUCGUACGGAGUGAUGGCACCAGCAUCUCACAGUAACCCUCAGGCAUCAAAAGUUCUGCCCCCCGUGUUCAUGUCGGAGCUACUGAAAGAAGAUCUAGAGCAGGUCAGCAUUCAGUGUAAUUUACUUGUAGAUAUGAUGAAUGAAGCGAUCGUCAUGAAACAUGACAUACGCAAGAACAACAUCCUGACCGAGCUCGUGCGAAACUGCCGCAUCUUCCAGAUCAAUGACGAUCUCAUCAAUGCACUCAACGUGUACAGCUCGACGCUGCAAGAAGUCAAUCAGAGAGAAAAGAAUCAAAAACAGAAGAAGCUGGCCAAUCAAAAUGCGAAGAAGACGAUCAUAUGGGAACCAGAUGGAGCAACAACCGAGGAGGAUACGAAUUUGAGCAUGCUUCUUGGCAUCGACAACUCAUCCUCGCUGAUUCCUCCCCCUCCUUCCAAGAGCAAAUCAACCGCAGAAGUGAAAGCAGAUGCUGAUCUCGACGCGCUGCUUGGGAUCGACAUGCAGCAGUCGCUGCCUACCGUCGCCACCUCUGAAGCAGCAGGCAGCCAAGGUGGAGGGUCAAGUGAAGCUUCUGAUUCGUCACUCGCGGGUCUCUCAGCAUCGCCUUCAUCUUCUUUGACUGCAGGAACAACAACCGACGACCUCACACGUGUGGAGUCAAAGAAAGAUUCAAGAGAAGGAGCAGACGAUGAUCGAGUGAGAGAAGACGAGGGAGAAAAGCAACACGAUUGA